ACUAUCUUCUGGGACUUACCAUGGUUACUAGUAGUGUACUUUCACUUUUUACACUGAUAUCAUAUUAUUGUAGUAGUGUUACUGAAGUAAGGUCUAGUAAAUGUACUUUCCUACACCCCCUUAAUGAAUACAAAAGGAUCUGACUAAAGUUAAUUAUGUCUAAUAUUAUACUUUGCCCUAAUAUGGCCUCUGCUAUUACUGCUGUCUCCAUCAUCAGCUUCCAUAACAAUGCGGGCUAUAGACAUAUUAGGGCAUAACUUUCAAUGCAAUAUACAGCACCACAUGUGUAGUGCAGUAAAUAGCUACACCCGAAGGCAGUGGUUUCCAAACAGGGGUACAAGGGUCCCCAGGGGUACUCAGGUCAGAACCAGUGAGUACAAGUUUGGGAACCACUACUGCCCUAAUGAAUAGAACAAAGUAUUAAGGGGGAUUGUUAAUAAACCUCAGAAUUCCCCCAUCAACAAGAGUCCCAAAACAACAGUUCCAUUUCCUCUUUGCCUCUCUUCUCAUGCCAGCCAGUCCCUUAUAAUAGCACCACUAAAUAUGCUGCUGUACUAUCAAGAGCUUCCCUGUAGCCUACGGUAUGAUCUAUUUAGAGACGCUUCUGGCUCACACACUUAAAUCGCUGUCUUUUAUCUCCACUCUUUCUGAAAACCUCCCUGCCUCUCGGCCUCACAAUGUAGAAACAAGCAUGUGAUUCCCCUCAGGCAGGCCCCCUAGACAGCCAGGGAGUCAGGGACUUACUGCUUUAUCCAAGUUUUUUCCAUGACAUCACAAUCUCAUGCUGCUUCUCACGGAGUGCUCUGUUGGGCUAUUUCGUUGGAACACUGGACGGCUCAAGGUUCCGUUGGGCUAUUCCGUUGGAACACUGAACCGCUCAAGGUUCCGUUGGGAUAUUCCGUUGGAACACUGGACAGCUCAAGGUUCCGUUGGGCUAUUCCGUUGGAACACUGAACCGCUCAAGGUUCCGUUGGGAUAUUCCGUUGGAACACUGGACAGCUCAAGGUUCCGUUGGGCUAUUCCGUGCAUUCCACAGGUCACGUUUAUAAGUGAGUCAUCAAAAACAUAAUCAAGAUUAGGAAAAGUUUCACGGCACACCGGUUGGAAACAAUUGACGUAGGAAACAGAGUGUCACUUGGAAUGCAAACCUGUGUAUUCUCCCUCCACUAGUCUUAGGGGCCAACACCCUCACCAGCCCUACACACACUACAGUAUAUCAACUUCUACUGUGUCUCUGACUGUACAUCUAUCUUAGCAUGCUACAUUCCAACAUGACCCAAGCACUAAAUCCUGCCUGUCUCUCUCUCCCACAGGGUGGCAUGUAUGUAUUUCAGCUCUUUGACUACUAUGCAGCCAGUGGUGUGUGCCUUUUGUGGGUUGCAUUCUUUGAAUGUAUUGCUGUAGCCUGGGUUUAUGGCGUUGAUAAUUUCUAUGAUGCGAUUGAAGACAUGAUUGGCUACAGACCAAAUCCCUGGAUGAAAUGGAGCUGGUCUGUGAUCACGCCUCUUCUUUGUGUGGGUUGCUUCAUUUUCUCCUUGGUCAAAUAUAAACCUUUGACGUACAACAAGGUCUACGAGUACCCCGACUGGUCCAUCGGUGUGGGCUGGACUCUGGCCCUGGCUUCUAUGAUCUGCAUUCCUAUGGUGGUGGUCAUCAAGAUCAUCCAGUCCGAUGGACCACUCAUAGAGAGGAUCAAGGCUGUGGCGGCUCCGCUAGGAGGUGCUAGCUCCCGUCCAGCCGACCACCGUUCUAAGGGCAAGGCUUGCGAGCUGGCCUACCCGCUGGACCCCAACGGGAACAACGGCCUGAUCAAGCCCACCCACACUAUUGUAGAAACCAUGAUGUGAGCGCUCUCUGUGAGAGGAAAGAUUCUUUUUUUUUUUUUUUUUUUUAAAUACCCGCUUUCUAUGUUAUUAUACUAUAUUAUCGCUAAACUAGUUGUAGGACCAGGUUUACAUGUAUCUGCACUAGGACGGUUCUUUUUUUGUUUUGUUUUCUACAGAGGAAGUUACAUUAUUGGGUUUCCUGUCUAUGUUUUUAAUAUUUUUUUAUUAAACUAUUGUUAAGAAUA